GAGAGAGAGAGAGAAGAGAGGGAAGACGAUGAGAACAGAGAGAGAAAAUUAAAUUUGACUUGCUUUGUAAGAUUGCCAAAAACGAGGCCCCGUUACAAUUCAAAAAAUAACGGAGGCACGUGCAAGGCAUGUGAUUUUUUAUUCCAGCAAACAACAGUUUAUUCCUCUUCUGCCCUCCUAUAUGCUUCCUUCACCCAUAGGUGUUAUGCGCCCAGACUCCUGAAUAACUUCAAUUCUUGAUUCCUCUAGAGAGAAAAAAAUAAAUAAAUAGAAAAAAAAAAAAAUUGUUCUACUGGCAAAGGUUCAGUUGGGGUUUAAGGAAGAAGUAGCCGUAGCAAGCGAGAGAAUUUUAGAGGUUGAUUGAAUAUGUGGCAAUGGCGGAUUUCAAAAUUGAGCACCAAUUCAAAAGUAAGGAGGUUAUCAACUUCACUCAAAUCUAAAUUUGAAGAUGAAGGUUCAUGGUCUUAUUCUACUCAAUGGUGGGGCUCUGAUUCUGAUCACCAUUCUCACUCCGUCUUUCGAGCUACUUCUUCUCAUGGAAACGGUGUCGUCUCCGUCCUUGCUUACCCUUCUUCCUUACCUGCUGCAAAUCGUUGGCCGAAAACAGAAGAAUGGCUUAGGAAAAGAUAUGCCGAAGUAUGUUCUGAUGCUAAACAUGAUGAAUGCUUCAAAGUACUUGGUUACCAAUGGCGUGUGCUUCGAUUUAAUGAUGUUACACGCCAGAGUGCUGUAAAAGUUAUGGCAGCUAUAAAAAUGUCUGAUUCUAGUUCUGUAUACUACAUGCAGCAACCUCAUGUUCUGGCUGUUCCCUAUACGAAGAGUAUGGUAGCAGCUGGAUUCACUGCAUUAUCGUCUACUAAAUAUGAUCUUGUGAAUGCAGUCAAUGGAAAGAAGCAAAUGCGUGUCUUAUGUGUAGGUCAUGGUGGAGGAAGUUUACCAUUAUUUAUUGCUUCUAAAAUUCAAGGUGCUGUUAUUGACAUUGUUGAAAUAGACCCUCUUGUUAUUUCAACUUCAAUUCAUGCAAUGGGCUUUCCAUCAUUUUCAGUUGCAGUUCCUUCAGGUUGCCAUGCUCUUUCAAAACCCAAUACAAUGGAUGAAGUCCUAUGGAAAGGUGUCCAUGAGAGACUUUUCCUCUACGAAUCAGAUGUUGAGAAGUUCAUUCUCAACACAGAAAAUGUGUAUGACAUUAUCUUUAUUGAUGCAUAUGAUGGAAAUGAUAUUUUUCCUCGCAAGCUAUGGGACCCAGAUUCUCCAUUCCUUUUAGCCCUUGGCAGUAAACUCAAUCCUUGUCAUGGCACCGUUGUAGUGAAUCUUCAUUCUGAUGAUGAUGUGAGUGCUGAUGCACCAGUUGCUGCUCUCCACCAGCUAGUUCUGCCUAUGAGGAAAUAUGUUUCUAGAGUCUGCCAAGCAUACAAGGAUAUGUUGGUGGGUAAAGAAAGUUCAUCUAGUAACAAACAACUUCCUGGAGUGGGGUUCACUAUUUCAGUUCCUUGGGUGUGCAACACAACCCUCGUUCUGUGUAGAGGUUUUGGUGUGGAUGCUGGAAGCUUGGACCAAGAUUCGGUUUUGAGUUCCCUCAUGUCCAAAUCUCUUGAAGUAGACAAGGAUUUAAACAUGCCAUUUUCAUGUUUACAGUAUAUAAAUAGAAGUUUUCGUCUGCGUGGUUGAUAUCUUAGAUGCGUUGGAAAAAUAAACUUUUUCAUUGUGGAAUGUUUGUGAGGUUUUCCAGUGACACAAACACAUUCUCCCUAGAUUUUGCCGGCAAGCUGGUUUUGUUGCUUGCAGAUUAUGAGAUUGUGUGGCAGACUUGGUAAUCAUCAUGAAGAAAUCGAACACAUGCACCAAAGGUUUGAAAUCUCUUCUAAUUAUGCUGUUUAUGCUGAGUCUGCUCUUGUCAGGAUCUUGUAAUUGGGAACUCAGAGCACUUAGCAUUCAUAUAUUUAAUUAAUUGCUCAAAUAAUCAAGCACCUAUGACCUAUGCUUUUAGUACUCAUUGCUGUUCAGCACUUCAGCCUUUGAAGAAGACUGCAUUGGACAUUUAGUUUUGCUCAAAUUACUGAAUUUGUGCAGUGAAACUCUCCACAAGUUGGUCUUCUUUUACCUUGCAUGCCAUUACUGCUAAUAGGCUGCAGUUAUCUUGAUGCAUUGUUAAUUAAUGUUAUGUAUGCAUCAUUUCUGUUCACAACUGGAUUUGUGAGCCGUCAUAUUUAUUAAUCUGAUUGAAUGGGAUGGUAUUUCCAUGCAGAAGCUCUUCAACUGAGAUCUUUAAUUAGUUAAUUCUUGUUUUGUUUUUCCUUUUAAAAAAUUUUGAUCUAUUUUUUAGUGUAAAGAUCUUUGAGAAGUUGAUGGUCUAUGAACUUGCUCAUUUGAGAAUGCAUAUGGCCGAUAUAGCAUAUAGGUACUUUAGCUUCCCUCUCUAUCCUUGUAUGAAUUGCAACAUUUGUUUUAUUGCUUUGUCCUAAAAUUAGAUUACUUAAAAUUGUUAACUUUUAAAGCCUCAUUUAUCAUCUUAUGAGUAAUAAUAGUUUGGGUCACUAACUCUCACAUUCAAUAAAAAUGAUC